GCCGAAAAUUACCGACUUCGCUCGUCAGCUUCUCAUUACUGUUGGCUUCGAAGAACAUCGGUAUUGCGUGUGUCGAUUGGAGAUCCCAUUGUUGAUCUGUGAUGACAUCCGCAAAUUCGCGGAGAUAAGCUUGGGCUUGCAGGACCUUGGUUCAACAGAGAUGGUACCUCUUCUACAAAUGAACAAGACGCAGAUAGAUCGCUCAAAUAUCGAAGCACACAUGAUUUCAGCAGCCAUUGCGGCCUACCAGUUCAACAAUAACAAGCGGCAAGAGAAGGGCCUGCAUCCACUUGAUGCCAUGACCAUACCUUGCGUCACGAUGGUUGGGACGCGCCCCACCUUCUACUUGGUGCCCGUCACCAAAGCGUUGAGCGAUGCAGUCAUUUCCUGUCAAUAUCCGUCCGCUAGGACUGAGGUGUUGAAAUGCGAGGUCGCUAGUGACUGCAAAGGUGGCAUGGAGGCACCGGAAUACAGGCUCGUCGCCUUGCAGUAUUAUGUUGCAUUCAAAUCCCUUGCGAAAAGCCACUGGGAGAAGUUUAUUCCUUAAAACUUAAAUCACUUAUAAGUAUACGACGUAUACGACUUGUAACAUUAUUUGAAUAUCGAAACAGAGCCAAAAACUGCUUUUCAGUAA